AUGGCUGUUGCAAUCACUCUCCUUGAGUCUGGCGCAAUAUACUCAAUCUCGAUGUUUUGCAUGCUUGUAACGUACAGAGCAGAGCUGUACACCGUGACUGCCAUUUACUGGCAACACUAUGUCAUUGUCAUGAAUGCGAUCGUUCCCAUAAUAGGGAUCGCCUUUUCGCUAAUUGUCAUCCGAAUGGGCCUUGCUAGUCUCCUUUUUGCAGCCGUGUCGCUGCGCUCUUUGGAUCCUCAUAACGCUGUUUCGGCGCCCGACAAGCCCGGCCUACAAGAAAUGCGGAUCCGGUGGAGUAUGCAAUUGAUGUGGGACGCACUUACGUGCGUAUGGCGCGACCAGCACUGCGAUUACACACUCCAAGACGAAGCGCUGCUGUGCGGUCCACCACCGCGUUCGCUGCGGGAGAUCGUGAUGCAGGUGAGCACGGAGUACGUGCCGUGGUGGGACACGCAGGGGUUCAUGGCCCUUGUCAGACCAUUCGCACACCACAUCAUGCGUAUGACUGGCGGAUGCUUCAUUGACUUGUCGCCUUUUCUUUUCUUUCACAUCAAGCAUCUGCACUUCCUCCUCGCUGUUGCCAAGGCGCGUUUUGCCAUAGCAUAUAGCCCCGAGGCAGCCCAGGUACGCGUGCGUUCGCACGACUUGAGCUCGGCCUUUUCGAGCUCGAACAUACCAGAGCCAUCAAGGGCGCACAGGAAAGACGAGACGUCUGGCAAGUCAAUCGCAAGGCACCUGUUCAACGCGAUGCGCAGCGCCCUAGGGUCCGUGAACAUCCCCGUGUUCGAGGAUUUACAGGAGAGGGCCGGGACUGCAGAAGCUGGCUCGAGCGACCCGGACGCGCCUAUGCUAGCGCUGAUACUGCACACGCUUACGCGGGCGCUGAUACCGUGGGGCCAGCAUAUAGUGCGCAAUGCGCUGUACGGGAUACCGUUGACGUGGAUUAUACAGAUAGGAAACAGACCCUUUCUGUUCUGGUGCGAGCUUCUCUUGCGUGCGACGCCCGUCGAGGACGGCGGGGACGCGCUGACGCGAGCGGUUAAGCUUGAGUGUCUUCAGACCAUGUCCGAGUUCUUCACCGUGCUCUCGUGGUGCUGGGCGAGCGCGUUCGAGCGUCCGAUCAGGCAGGAUAUAGUGCGCGCGAUCGAGGAUAUCAAAGCCGCUCAGGCGCUUGAUGAUGACUUUGGGCUGGGAGCGUCAAUGGCUACGGGUGGCCUGGAUACCCAUUCGCAGUUAUAUUCGCAUGCGGACGCGUUCGCGAUGCCGGUUCUUCCGGAUAUUGAAGCUGCGAUGCGUGACGCGGGUAUCGUGGACGUGAUUGCGGCGGUAUUAGGAUCGCAUUCAAGCUAUGUCUCGCAGGUAUAG